AUGAGCGAUAAUCCGACGAACCUUCGAAACGAGGACUUUCGGAAGCUCCUCACUUCGACCAGGAGCGAUCGACCGGCUUCGUCGGCCUUCGCGAAGCCGGAAGCCAAGUCGUCGAACGAUGAGAAGCCGGCGAGCUUCAAACAUAAACAUCUCAAGCCCGCGAAGUUCAAAAAGCAUCAGGCUCCAUCGCACGGGAAGACGAAGAAGGAGAAGACGGAAGCCGACGAGGAUGAGGCGCAUUUGAAGAGUAUUUUAAAGAAUUAUAGGGAUCGAGCAGCGGAAAGAAGAAAGCAAGGAGACGAGAAGGAAGACACGACGAAGCUCACCGCUGCCUAUCGUGCCGUCCCAGGAGACGCACGAACCGCUCAAGAUCAGGCGGAUCUCAGAAAACAAGCUAUCCUGGAAUCAAAGUAUCUUGGUGGUGAUCUGGAGCAUACUCACUUGGUAAAAGGUCUCGAUUACUCUCUUCUGAACAAAGUUCGAAGCGAGAUGAAUGAGGACGACGAGGAAGACAAUGAUAAUGACGUGGAGGCGUUGGAAAUGAAAAAGAAGCCGGAAGGAGCAUCGUCGUUGACGCAGGAAUUGGCACAGAGUCAUUCCGAGAAUCGAAUGGUUCGAUCGCUUCAUCGAGUGCUAUUCAAGAAUGAGGUUCCGUUGAGAAACGAUUUGUUCGCGAAGGGAAAGAUGGCGUACGUUGUGGAGUUGGAAGAUGAGGAAACGGAUAUUCCGACGACGUUGUUGAGAUCCCUCCACGACCUCCCUCGCGCUGAAUCGGCUCAAUCCAUCCAGGCAAACAGCCUCAUCAUUUCAAAAUUGGCCCAUGUGCUCUCCCAUCUUCGCGCGGAACCCAAGAAAAAGAAGAAGGAUGAAUUCAGAGCCCCCACGUCAUCAGGAACCGUGUCUUCUGCACCUAAAGGAGACAGCAUCUACGACGAUUUGGAUGAAUAUGUGCCGUCGAGAAAGGCAAGGGAUUCUAGAGAUUCGAGAGAUCACAGAGACAACCGCGACCGCAGAGACGACAGGGAUAGAAGACGUGAGCGAUCUAGAAGCCGUGACCGCGAUCGUUACUUCGAGAAGACAGCCAACUCGAGGAGAGAAGAAGAACAGAAGCGUCGGGAGCAGCAGAGAGAACGGGAGCGAGCUGAAAAGGAGCGCCAGAAGGAAAGAGAAAGGGAGCGAGAGGCUGAAAAGGCAAAGGAGCGAGAGAGAAAGAGGAAAGAGAUGGAGGCGUCGUCAGGAUACGAUGAAUGCUAUCCAGGAGGGCUUGUGGAAAUGGGCGGAGCUUGGGAUUCGGAUGAGGAGGCUGAUUAUUCGAAAAUGGAUUCAGGAGCGAAGAAGAAUCAAGCGGUGAAUCGGUGGGAUUUCGAUACCGAGGAGGAGUAUGCCACGUAUAUGGAAGGUCGUGAAGCACUCCCAAAGGCCGCCUAUCAAUACGGAGUCAAAAAUGGAGAGGGAGGACGAAAGAAUAAGAAGCAAACGGCUGUCUCAGAGGCCAAGAAACUGGACCGAGAGCUCAACGAGAUCAAUAAGAUUAUGGAUAAGAGAAAGGCCGGAGAAGGAGGCGGUGGAGAGUAUAAGAAGCCUAAAUAUUGA